AUGAAGCUGCGGACAGCUGCAGUCCUGUCACACCGGGUCCCGCAGGGCAAAGGCACCACAGCUCCCUCCAUCUCUCCUGCCAGUGCCUGUCUCUGAUGCUGGGCCAUGUCACUAGCUGCCCACCCCACUGAUCUGGGAUUUGAAUUUGCCAGCAGCAGCUUGGAGGAGAUACACCAGCUUGAUGACCCACUGGCCUUUCCUGCCCCACUGGAGGAGCAGCUUCCCUGCACAGACCUGCUGUGUGUGUAUUCGGGGCUGGAACUGGAUGAGGUGCCCAGUGGCAUCAUGGCAGAUGGGCUGCUGGACAAGCCCGAGCCGCAGGUUGUUGGGGACAGUGUCACAGUGCCAGGUGACGCUGAGCAGCCAUUACCCCCCAUUGCAGCUGGCGAGGGCCUGCUCUGGGUGGAGUCACCCAACAACAUCUUGGAUGAGAAGCGCCUGCUUGGUGGCACGGGGGCUUCCCUGGACAGAGGGGCCUGCCCCCUGGGUCUGGGGGAAGCCAGCGGCCUGCGCAGGUCUGAGGAUGAGGAGAAUCCCCUGCCUGGGUCCACCAGGAAGCAAACAGGGAAGCAGCCCAGGAGGAAAGGUCGCAAGCCGAAGUCCCCCCGCUGCCUUUCCCCCAUCACCACCCCAGGCUUUCCAAUCUGCAGGAAGAGCAAGGACGGCAAAGGUAACGCCCUCUACCUGUGGGAGUUCCUGCUGGCACUGCUCCAGGACAGGAACACCUGCCCCAAGUACAUCAAAUGGACCCAGCGAGACAGGGGCAUCUUCAAGCUGGUGGACUCCAAGGCAGUGUCCAGGCUGUGGGGAAAGCAAAAGAACAAACCCAGCAUGAACUAUGAAACCAUGGGCCGGGCACUGCGGUACUAUUACCAGCGUGGCAUUCUGGCCAAGGUGGAAGGGCAGCGGCUGGUAUAUCAGUUCAAGGAGAUGCCCAAGGACCUGGUGGUGAUUGAGGAUGAGGGGGAAACAGUGGGCACUGUGAACCCCAGAGCCAGCCGCUCGGCCCCCAGGCCCUCUUCCAGGACUGCCCCCCUCCAGAGUGCCCUGUUCCCCACUCGCAGCAAGAGGGAGACUGCACCAGUGACCCAGCCUCGGGAGCCUACAGCUGCACCGUGUCCUGCCCCCAAGGUGCAGCGGGGGGCCAGCAUGCCACCCGCCCAUGCCGUGGGCUCCCCGCUCCUGCCCGGUCGCUUGGGGCUGGGGUCCCUGACUCUCCAGCCCAUCCCACUCAUCACAAUGCUGGCCCUGGGAAAUGCUGCCAGUUCUCCUUUUGCAAGCAGCACCCCUGCUCCGGACAGGAUCCCGCUCCAGCCUGGGUUCCCCAUGAAUGGGUUCCCCCAGCCACUGCCAGGCCCGGGCAGCAAUAUCCCAGCAGCAGGCCCCCUCCUGCCUGCUGCCCCCCAGCACUCCUUGUCUGGUCUGCUCCAGCCAAUAGCUCUGACUGGCCAGCCAGGCACUGUUGUUGCCACCAUCAUUGGGACAAUGGAGGCCAACGGCAGCUGCCUGGCUAUGCUGGAUCACCCACUCCCAAGCCUGCUUUCCAGUGAUCCUACCACGUUCGCCGGUGUGCCGAAGACACAGGCAUCCCAGCAGGAGAGCCUGCCCGACCAUGCAAAGGUCCAGGAGCUCCAGCCACUAGCUCUAAGCAGCUCCCAGGAUGGCAAAGCAACAGCAGCCCUGCCAGCAGGAGGCACUGACAGCUGCACCCAACUCAGCCACCCAAAGGUGGGCUUGACACCUGUGGUGGAACUGGAAUUAGCCAUCAGCUCGGAGGUGGCGUUCCCUGGUGAGCGGAUGGCUCAGCUCCUGACAACGCCCAGCUCUGCCCCAGGCCCUGCAGCUCUGCUGUCUCUAGGCAGUGGUGACAUCAAGGAGGAAUGCUGGGAUAUGGUGUGAAGUGCGCAGAUGCACCCUCGGCUCCAAAGGAUGCUGGGAAAGCCUAGUUCCCUGGACUGACAGGAUCCAACUCAGAGCUGGGGACUGCUGGGGCCAGGAACGCUGGGAGAGGGGAGCCUCACAGGCUGCAUGCCAUUUGCUUCUUGCCCUCACCCAUUAAAGAGACAUUUUACACCAGA